AUGUCAGCUUCACCAAAUCAACAAACAUCUCCCCCAUCUGCUACUACACAAAAUGAGGCACAUGCUGGCAGUAAAGUCGUUGUUCCUUUACCCGUAUUAACUCAUUCCGAUGAAAUUUAUUGUUACAUUUUUGUCAAAGGAUCACUUUAUGCAAGUGAUACGCAUGUUUUUGGCUUAGAAGCUCAAGAAAUUCAGGCACUUGCAAAAAGAUUUAAUUCACCAUGCAAACAAGUCGAAAACGGUGUGAUGUAUAAAAACACAGUGUGUCAAGUGAUUAACAGUUUAGCGCAAUUAGGUUAUCGUGUCGUAUCUAGCUGCGGAGAAACUGAAACAAUUUUUACAUUGCAACGUGAAGUAUAA